AUGAGCUCCGUGAAGAGUGUCAUCAUCACCCUGCCUAAGGGAGUGCCCAAGGCGAUCCCGAGGACCGAAUCGUCGCGCAACACGCUACCUAAGCUGAACUUUACGUCGAUCCUGAUGGACAAGGCAAGGAUGGACAGCAGGAAGGUCGUCUCUGAUCAGCAAGAGGAGACGCGCGAUGACGACGUCGCGACGCUCCUCGAACCCGUGGACAUCCGCGUACGUGGAAAGAAACGCCGGCUGGAUCAUUUAACGUGGGAGGAGAAAUUGCAACGAAAAAAACUGAAGAAUCGAGUGGCCGCUCAAACCUCGCGAGAUCGCAAAAAAGCCAGAUUGGACGAGCUUGAGGAAACAGUGAGGACACAGAAGGAAAGGAAUGAGUUACUUAAACAGGAAUGUGCGAUGCUCAGGUCGCAGAACGAACUGCUGACGUCGCAGAACGAAUGGCUGUUGAACGAAAAUAAGAGGCUUAGAAACGAGAGAGACGCAGUAAGGAACACGCUCACAGAUCAACAACAACCGAUCUGCUCCGCCUGGUGGGACAGCACAGUCGGCAUUGCGCCCGAUUCGGACACCAGGAGCAACCGCGCUGCUGAAAUUUCUGACUCUAUACUUCCUUUUGAAGAAUUGUUCAGCGUAUUCCAAAGCGCCGACGCCGAACGAUUCGAAGAGUUGGCGGAAAGCCUCUUACGAGAAGUCAGUCCAGAGGUUGAAGCAAAUCCUCAUAGAUCAAAUGAACAAGUGUCCGUCAACGAAGCUCCCGUUGAAAAAUCUGACGAUCCAGAGGCAUUGGUGGGGCAGACAUCAAAAAAUGUGGAAGCCAGUAGAACUGGUGGAAGCAUAGACAGCGUAUCCUCUUAUCUACGAGAUACGUCCAAUUGGUUUCUCGAGGACUGCGACACAACGAAAACCACGUCUAUCAAGACCGAGACUGAAAUCAAACAGGAGUCUGAGACGGUAUCGGAUCUCGAUACUGUCUAUGGUACAUACGACGAGACCACCAACUCCAUCACGAUUAUGUAUCCGGGUGAAGAGAAUGACGGCUGUGUGGGUAUCCAGGAAUGUGUGCAAGAGGUGGUCAGUAGUAACGAGAGCGGUGCCAUCAGCCAUGCCACAGACGAUGCUGUACAUCUCACUGUUCCUUCAUCGGGCAUUCAAUUGCGCUAUCCGACGGCGCAAUUCUCACCGGCAUACACCAAUUCUAUGUCACCUGCUAUGAGCGAUGUAGACAGCUACGGUAUUUCCUCGACAAAGCAGAUGGAUUGCGCCAGUUUAUCGGACGGUGGAUACGAAUCUCACGAUUCCCCGCAGUCACACAUGUCGGAAUUAUUCGAUCUCGAAAGUUUCAGCGAGCUGUUUCCCACGUUGGGCUGACAAUUCCGGAUAAGGCGUGCUGCCGAGGCGAACGCCAGAUCGAUGUCGAACCGUUACAAAUGUGACACGGGAAAUUUCAGCGAAAAUAGUCUACAAAA